AUGGCAACAUCCAAAGUGUUCCUCUUGCAAACUUUGGAGGAUUUGGGAGCCGAGGAGUUUAAAAAAUUCAAGUGGUACCUGCAGCAGUCAGAGGUCCUGGAAGCCUUCCCCGCAAUACCAAAGAGUCGACUGGAAAAUGCAGAGAGGGUGGAUACAGUGGAUGAGAUGGUGCAGACUUACUGUAUAAACACUAUAAAAGUCACCAAAAUGGUUUUAGGGAAGAUAAACAAGAAUGAUCUAGUGGGAAAUUUAUCAAAACACGCAUCAGAACCUAAAGAGAUUCUUGCUGCGUGCCAGCAAAAACUCAAAUCCAACUUUCAAAAGAAGUAUCAGUAUGUGUUUGAAAAAGUCACAAAAACAGGGAAUUCAGAACUUCUAAAUAAGAUCUACACAGAGCUCUACAUCACAAUGGAAGAAACCGGAAAAAUCAACAUGGAACAUGAGGUCAGACAGAUUGAAACAGCAUCCAGGAAACCAGACAGACCAGAAACAACCCUCAGACAAGAAGAUAUCUUUAAAGCCUCACCUGGAAGAGAUGAACCAAUCAGAACAGUGAUGACAAAGGGAGUGGCUGGCAUUGGGAAAUCAGCCUUAACACAGAAGUUCACUCUGGACUGGGCUGAAGACAAAGCCGACCAGGACAUACAGUUCACAUUUCCAUUCACUUUCAGAGAGCUGAAUGUGCUGAAAGAGAAAAAGUACAGCUUGGUGGAACUUGUUCAUCACUUCUUUCCUGAAACCAAAGAAGCAGGAAUCUGCAGGUUUGAAGAGUUCCAGGUUGUCUUCAUCUUUGACGGUCUGGAUGAGUGUCGACUUCCUCUGGACUUCCUCAAAAAUCAGGUCCUGACUGAUGUUAGAGAGUCCACCUCAGUUGAUGUGCUGCUGACAAACCUCAUUAGGGGGAACCUGCUUCGCUCUGCUCGCCUCUGGAUAACCACACGACCUGCAGCAGCCAAUCAGAUCCCUCCUGAGUGUGUUGACAUGGUGACAGAGGUCAGAGGGUUCACUGACCCACAGAAGGAGGAGUACUUCAGGAAGAGAUUCAGAGAUGAGGAGCAGGCCAGCAGAAUCAUCUCCCACAUCAAGGCAUCACGAAGCCUCCACAUCAUGUGCCACAUCCCAGUCUUCUGCUGGAUCACUGCUACAGUUCUGGAGGAGGUGUUGAAGACCAGAGAGGGAGGAGAGCUGCCCAAGACCCUGACUGAGAUGUACAUCCACUUCCUGGUGGUUCAGUCCAAACUGAAGAACGUCAAGUAUGAUGGAGGAGCUGAGACUGAUUGGAGUUCAGAGAGCAGGAAGAUGAUUGAGUCUCUGGGAAAACUGGCUUUUGAGCAGCUGCAGAAAGACAACCUGAUCUUCUAUGAAUUAGACCUGACAGAGUGUGGCAUCGAUAUCAGAGCAGCCUCAGUGUACUCAGGAGUGUUCACACAGAUCGAUAAAGAGGUGAGAGGGCUGUACCAGGACAAGGUGUUCUGCUUCGUCCAUCUGAGCCUUCAGGAGUUUCUGGCUGCUCUUCAUGUCCAUCUGAUCUUCAUCAACUCUGGUGUCAAUCUGCUGGAAGAAGAACAAUCAACCUCCUGGCUGUGUAAACUCUUCAGAGACAAACCUACACUAACACAUCUCUACCAGAGUGCUGUGGACAAGGCCUUACAGAGUCCAAAUGGACACCUGGACUUGUUCCUCCGCUUCCUCCUGGGUCUCUCACUGCAGACCAACCAGACUCUCCUACAAGGUCUGCUGAAACAGACAGGAGAAAGCUCAAAGUCCAUUUCCAAAACAGCUGAGUACAUAAAGAAGAUGUUCAGGAAGAAUCUUUCUCCAGAGAGAAGCAUCAAUCUGUUCCACUGUCUGAAUGAAUUGCAAGAUCAUUCUCUAGUGGAAGAGGUCCAACAGUACCUGAGAUCAGAAAGUCUUUCAACAAAUAAGCUAUCUCCUUCUCAGUUGUCAGCUCUGGCCAUGAUUUUGCUGUCAUCAGAAAAAGAUCUGGACGUUUUUGACCUAAAGAAAUACUCUGCUUCAGAGGAGGCUCUUCUGAGGCUGCUGCCAGUGGUCACCGCCUCCAACAAAGCUCUGCUGAGUGGUUGUAACCUCUCAGAGAGAAUCUGUGGAGCUCUGUCGUCAGUUCUAAGCUCCCCAUUCUCUAGUCUACGAGAGCUGGACCUGAGUAACAACAACCUGCAGGAUUCAGGGUUGAACCUGCUCUCUACUGGACUAGAGAGUCCACACUGUUCACUGGAAACUGUCAGGCUUGGUUUGUGUAAACUGUCAGUGAGAAGCUGUGAGGCUUUGUCCUCAGUUCUCAGCUGCCAAUCCUCUAGUCUGAAAGAGCUGGAUCUGCAAAACAAUGACCUGCAGGAUUCAGGAGUGGAGCAGCUCUCUGCUGGACUGGGGAGUCCACACUGCAAACUGGAAACACUCAGACUGUCAGGUUGUCUAAUCACAGAGGAUGGCUGUGCCCACCUGGUUUCAGCUCUGAGAUCCAACCCAUCCCAUGUGAGAGAGCUUGACCUGAGCUACAAUCAUCCAGGAGACUCAAGCGUGAAGCUGCUGUCUGCUGGAAUGGAGGAUCCACACUGGAGACUGGACGCUCUCAGGUUGAGUGGCUGUAACCUCUCAGAGAGAAGCUGUGAAGCUCUGUCCUCAGUUCUCAGCUCCCAGUCCUCUAGUUUGAGAGAGCUGGACCUGAGUUACAACAAACUGCAGGAUUCAGGUGUGGAGCUGCUGUCUGCUGGGCUGGAGAACCCACAAUGUAAACUGGAAACUCUCAGGCUGUCAGUUUGUCUGAUCACAGAUGAAGGCUGUGCAUCUCUCGCAUUAGCUCUGAGCUCCAACCCCUCCCAUAUGAGAGAGCUGGAUUUGAGCUACAAUCAUCCAGGAGAGUCAGGGGCGAUGCUUCUUUCUGCUGGUCUGGAUGAUCCACACUGGAAACUGGACACUCUUAGGGUGGACCAUGGUGGAGAGCAGUGGUUAAAACCUGGUCCGAGGAAGUAUUUCUGUGAACUCACACUGGACACAAACACAGCACACAGAAAGCUCAAACUGUCUGACAACGACAGGAAGGUGACAUGGGUGACAGAGAAGCAGCCAUAUUGUAAACAUCCAGAGAGAUUUGACCGCUGGGCUCAGCUGCUGUGCAAAAAUGGUCUGACUGGUCGCUGUUACUGGGAGGUCGAGUGGAGAGGAAUAGUUUAUAUAUCAGUGAGUUACAGAGGAAUCAGAAGGAGAGGAAACAGUAAAGACUGUGUGUUUGGAUGCAAUAAUCAUUCCUGGAGUCUGAGGUGCUCUGAUGACUGUUACUCUGUCUGUCACCAGAACAGAGUAACAGUCCUCCCUCUCUCCUCCUCCUCCUCCUCCUCCUCCUCCUCCUCCUCCUCUAACAGAGUAGCAGUGUAUGUGGACUGUCCUGCUGGCACUCUGUCCUUCUACAGAGUCUCCUCUGACACACUGAUCCACCUCCACACCUUCAACACCACAUUCACUGAACCUCUUUAUCCUGGGUUUGGGUUUGCGUCUGGUUCCUCAGUGUCUCUGUGUUCUCUGUAG